UCGGGGAGGAUUUUAAUUCCACAGUAGUCGUGUUCCCAAAGAAAUCGAAGCGGCUAAAGCAUAGCGGAAGAAGAGAGUAAAUCUUAAACAAUCAUGUCGGGAAUGGAAAGGCUGCAGCGUAUGUUCGCCGGAGCCGGCGGUGCGUUAGGUCACCCGCCGCCGGAUUCUCCUACUCUCGAUUCAUCGGAGCAAGUCUACAUCUCUUCUCUCGCGCUCCUCAAGAUGCUCAAACACGGGAGAGCCGGGGUUCCGAUGGAAGUCAUGGGAUUGAUGUUGGGGGAAUUUGUGGAUGAGUACACGGUCCGCGUGGUCGAUGUGUUCGCUAUGCCACAGAGCGGGACCGGAGUGAGUGUUGAAGCGGUUGAUCAUGUCUUCCAGACCAAUAUGCUUGACAUGCUCAAGCAAACUGGCAGACCAGAGAUGGUUGUUGGUUGGUAUCAUUCACAUCCUGGUUUUGGCUGUUGGCUUUCGGGUGUGGACAUCAAUACUCAGCAGAGUUUUGAAGCGCUUAACCAAAGAGCGGUUGCGGUGGUGGUGGAUCCCAUCCAAAGUGUUAAAGGAAAGGUGGUGAUUGAUGCCUUUCGUUUGAUCAACCCCCAAACUAUGAUGCUUGGCCAAGAGCCACGGCAGACAACAUCUAACUUGGGACAUCUAAACAAACCAUCCAUUCAGGCAUUGAUCCAUGGUCUGAACAGGCACUAUUACUCCAUAGCAAUCAAUUAUAGAAAGAAUGAACUUGAAGAGAAGAUGCUACUGAAUCUUCACAAGAAGAAAUGGACGGAUGGAUUGACACUCCAGCGAUUUGAUGCCCACUCCAAAACCAAUGAGGAGACAGUCCAGGAAAUGCUAAAUCUUGCUAUCAAAUAUAAUAAAGCAGUCCAGGAAGAGGAUGAGUUGCCACCAGAGAAGCUGGCCAUUGCAAAUGUGGGAAGGCAAGACGCCAAGAAGCAUCUCGAAGAACACGUGUCAAAUUUGAUGUCAUCAAACAUUGUUCAGACACUGGGAACCAUGCUGGACACAGUUGUCUUCUAGAAUUCUUGCUUAAAAACUCUACAGAUUGUUAUUUGAGAUGGUGAAACAGAGACAAUGUUAACCAGUUUCUCCUUGGUGUUAUUGUAACUUUGAAGUGAUUUAAGAGAGAUUUGUUGUCAUAUACUCUUAUGUUUAUUGUCUGCUCACAAAUCUUUACUUUUGAUGCAAAUCAUUUAUGUUCUAUGA